AUGAUAAUAUUUCAGAUAAAGAACGGCAUUGAUACCGUAAUUUCAACAGUGUUACUUUCAAAAGGCGUUAAAAUUGAAGAUAUUGGUAUAAAUCUUAAGAAUUUGAAUACUGAAAAACUUGACUGGUUCAAAUAUGUAAUGGAUUUAUUGAAGGCUAACGAUAACAUAUUGACAGAUACAAAGGGGAAGGUUUUUGAGGAGUUAAAAAAGAAAAAAGAAGAGGAAUUGUUUGAUGGCAUCUCAGAAUGUAAAAAUUCUCAUGAAAAACACCUUACGGUUCCAGCCGUCUUGGAUUCAGAAUACAAGCAUUUGAUGGAAUCUCAAAAACCUCGUCUUCAACCAACCAUAGACAUAACACUUGAUAUAUAUGACGAAGCUUUUCGUCAUAUUAAAUCUACUGCACAUUCACCUUCAUUAUCAGUAAUAGGUCCACUUGACGACGAAAAUGAAUUUCCUAAUGCUUUCAGUUCGACGAUAAACUUAAUGUUGGUGCUGAGAACAAUGAAUUACCGAGUGGGAGAGAAUCAUA